CCCAUCCCACGAAACCACGAUUCCGUUACGGGUCCAAGUUUUAGACUCCAUCACGGGGCCAAACCAAAUGCUUUAUUUCCUCCCCUCUUCUGCCGCUUCAUUGCCAGAUCUGAAGAUGGCGACUCAUGAAUCCAACAACGGCAUCGGCAAGAUCGAGGCCAAAGUCGACACCGCCGGAUCCUUAGCCGGUGACGGGGAGGCGCAGCCGGCGUCGUCCCAGAUCCAGAUGGGGAGCGGUGGCGGGGAGGUGCCGCGGCCGAUGCCGGGGGAGCGGCGCAAGGUGGCCCUGAUCGCGGGCAUCACGGGGCAGGAUGGAUCGUACCUGACGGAGUUACUGCUGGAGAAGGGUUACGAGGUGCACGGCCUCAUCCGGCGCUCCUCCAAUUUCAACACCGCCCGCCUAGACCACCUCUACGUCGACCCCCACAACGCCGUCAAGGCCCGCAUGAAGCUCCACUAUGCCGACCUCUCCGAUGCAUCCUCCCUCCGCCGCUGGGUCGACGCUCUCCUCCCCGAUGAGGUCUACAACCUCGCCGCCCAAUCCCACGUCGCCGUCUCCUUCGAGAUCCCCGACUACACCGCCGACGUCGUCGCCACCGGCGCUCUCCGCCUCCUCGAGGCCGUCCGCUGCGCCACCAAACCCGCCCGCUACUACCAGGCCGGCUCCUCCGAGAUGUUCGGCUCCACGCCGCCGCCCCAGUCGGAGGCGUCCCCGUUCCAUCCCCGCUCUCCAUACGCUGCCGCCAAGGUCGCCGCGCACUGGUACACCGUCAACUACCGUGAGGCCUACGGCCUGUUCGCCUGCAACGGCAUCCUGUUCAACCACGAGAGCCCCCGCCGUGGCGAGAACUUCGUCACCCGCAAGAUCACCCGCGCCGUCGGCCGCAUCCGCCUCGGCCUUCAAACCAAGGUCUUCCUGGGCAACCUGUCCGCCGCCCGCGACUGGGGCUUCGCCGGGGACUACGUCGAGGCCAUGUGGAUGAUGCUGCAGCAGGAGGAGCCCGGAGACUACGUGGUCGCCACCGAGGAGUCCCACACGGUGGAGGAGUUCCUCCAGGCCGCAUUCAGCUACGUCGGACUAGACUGGAAGGACCAUGUGGUCAUCGAUCCCCGGUACUUCCGGCCCGCUGAGGUCGACAGCCUCAAGGGAGACUCCACGAAGGCGAGAAGGGCGCUCGGAUGGAAGCCUAAGGUGGGGUUCCAGGAUCUGGUGAAGAUGAUGGUGGAUCAUGACAUCGAGACUGCCAAGAGGGAGAAAGUGCUCGUGGAUGCCGGAUACAUCGAUGCCCAGCAGCAGCCAUAAAAUAGAAUCGAAUAGAGCUUGGUCGCUGGGAAUCCUAAAAUGUUCCCUCUCCUCUCUGCUUGGUUUAACUCACCCAGAUGGAGUGUUUGAUGAAAUGCCUAAAAUCUCCAGAGUUUUGUUGUCUGUCUCUCGAUGAUAUUUGUUGCCCUAUAAUGUAUUCCGGAUCUUUCUGUUCUAAUAAUUCCGCAAACAUUAUACAAAACUCUUAGUUUGCCA